AUGGCAGACUCAAUAGUACAGGCACUGCGAUCACGAAGAUUGGCUCUGCAGCUGAUAGCUACUGGCACUCUCAGCCCCGAUGAGGAGAUCGAGGCUCGUGAGGCAUCGGCUCAGGUAGCAGAAAUGCUGUUCAAUGCCACUCGCGACCCGUCUCGCCUGACGGAAGCCACUCAACAUUAUCAAGCCAUCAUUCGCCUGCUCAAGACUCCAUCACCACGACGAGCCAAGUUCCUCGACAAGCUGGCCUACUUGGAGAUGACCGUCUUCGACGUGACCAAAUCCAUGAAAGUUCUCGAUGAUUCCAUUGCCCAUUCGAAGCAGGCGAGAGAUGAAGCUCCGCCAACAGAUACUUCCUUGCUCCGCAAAAUCUACGAAAACCUGGGCUACAGCGUGUCACACAGAGCGCAGCUAAAGGACGACUCCGCGGAUCUCGAUGAAGCCAUCGCCUGUGGCAGGGAAGUCCUCAGACUAUCGUCACCGGCCGACGUGGAACAUCAGCUAAGCACGAAUAACCUUGCUGCUCGGCUACAGGCUCGAUACAAAAUGCAUCAUCGCGCGGUCGAUGCAGAUGAAGCUCUGUCGCUGAUCGAAGAACAACUUCACCGUUUCCAGCCUGGUGCGCCACAGCAUGGCGCGGCACUGCUGGUAAGAGCUCAGAUCCUACACGACAGAUAUGAACAGACCAAGAACAUAGAACAUCUUGAACACGCUAUCGCCGGCUUCAAGGUCGGUUUGCGGACAGUCGGGAUGACACAUGAACGAGCCCCAGAGAUCCUUCGCCUACUAUCGAUAUUACACAACCAGAGGUACACCGAGACGAAUGCCGUUGCCGAUCUGGCAGUUGCCGUCGAGUACUCGAAGACCAAGCUUCAGCUGAUACCACGGACGUAUCAGACUCGACCUGACCACGUCGCAGACUACCUAACUCAUCUUGUUGAGUACAUCCUGGUGGUAGACUCGCUGGUAACAGUAGAAAAGGCGGUUGAAGAAGCUCGCGCACUACGAGAUGAAGUCCCAAAAGCACACACAAAGCGCCACUCCACCAAUCUGUCCCUAACCGGCAUAUUGUCAAAGCGAUGCCAAUUAUCGCAGGGUGUCAGGCACUUGGCCGAGGUCGUCUCCCACGCACUGGACAGUAUUGACGCAUGGAACGAGAAGCUCAACAUCACCCAGUCCAAGGUUCCCACGGAAGAUCUUCGUCGUUUUUCUACAUUCCUGAGGAAGGUCGAGGUCGCUCCCGAGGAGGCCCCUGUAAGACAUCAGGCUCUUGAGCAACUCUUCAAGUGGCAUUUGGUUGUCCAUCAAUCUCGGACGCCGCUCGACACUAUCGUCAAUAUGGCGCAUCGUCAUGGCGACGAACUCAAUGUCUUCUCACGGAAUUUUGACUCCAACGAACGGCUUUCAGAAGAGCAGAUCAGAUCCGGUAUUGAAGUGCUGCAGAAGGAAACGAGCGCAAACAAUGCCGAAGAUGGGGACAGACGAGCAAGACUGCGCGCCUUCAACCGGGACGACCAUACCGAUCCAUUCUUUGGUCAUAGGCAGCUGGCAGUUGAUCCUUUGCGCAAACGCCUAAUCGUUUCCAUGGAGGGCCUUGUCAAGAGCGUCUUAGGCUACAGCGAUGACGAGGAAGAGCCAAAGUCAUGGGCAGAAUACGAAGCUCGAGAAGCUCGACUCGAGCGUGAGAGCUUUGUAAAAGACAAAAAGCAAGGAAAAUUCCCUAAUCCUAAACUUUGCCGGGUAUGCAGACACGUCAAGCUGCUCAAGCCUUCGGAUCAUGGCGCGAAGUUUACCUGGAAUACUGAGCAAUACUUUCCCUUUGGGACGUAUGCUCAGCUGCUCACGAGGAAGCACUGCUCCAUCUGUCGCUUGGUGUUAUCACUCUGUUCAGCGGACAGGGGGAGCUCCCUACAUCCUCAACUGGCUCAGAUUGAUCGAGAGAUUCAAGGCACACAGUUUCAUGCGCAGAAACUCCCUUCUGGGGAGAUCCUGCUGGGCGUAGAAUAUGGCAUGAUAACUGUUGGUGCCUUGAGAAUCGUCAACCAGAGAAAUCUGCCAGAAGCUGUAAGACAAACGACACAAGCAUCCACUCUGAGAUCUGUCCUCGAAAAUGCGCAUGGAGCUGGGCUUCCGGUUGACCAAGGAGAUCAAAGAAUAGACAUCCAAAAAAUACGUGGCUGGCUCUACGACUGCCAUAUUAACCACGGCGAACUCUGCAAUGAUCUGGACGACAGUCAGAGAUACGCCGAUGACAUACCAUUGAUUCUUGUCGACGUUCAGGAAAACUGCCUGGUCUCAGCGACAUCGGCAGAGAGGUAUUUCACUCUCAGCUACGUCUGGGGUAAAGUUGACAUUGCCACUACCACAAGGGCCUUGCUCAAAGAUCGCCUGCAAAAGUCGAGCUUGGAUCCGGCAAAGUUUCCCAACACCAUAAGAGACGCGAUGACAGUGGUUCAAGCCAUGGGCGAGCGAUAUUUAUGGACCGAUGCGCUUUGCAUAAUCCAGGAUGAUGCCGUCAUACGCGAACGAGACAUAACGCGGAUGGAUAUCGUGUACAAGAAAGCAUUUGCCAACUUGGUGGCCCUCUCCGGGACUGAUGCCGGUGGCGGACUGCCAGGUGCUACAACCAAUUCAAGACCUCCCCAGAAGAUUGAAGUGCUCCAAAUCACCAAGGGCUCUAAGGAUCUUGGCCUGCGAGACGAGCCCGGUGCCGAGACAGAAGCGGUCUACAUCGUCGCCACCCCCCAUCCACUCUCAUCUGCUCAGACAAGCUCAAUGUGGAAUACGCGUGGCUGGAUCUUACAGGAACAGACGCUUGCGCGUCGAAACAUCUACUUCUCGUCCAACUAUGUGUAUUUCCAGUGCAACGAGAAGACCCUUUGCGAAGUCACCUUGGAAGGGAAGUAUAUCAACAACCCCAAGGACGACGAGGACGACGAGGAUCAGACGACCGGCUUCACUAUCAAGAACCCAGUCUCGGAACUCAGGAAGCUACACCGCACCCCGCCACAGGAUCAUCUGAAGGGCGUCUUCAAGGCCUACAGCGAACUGGUGGAGAUCUACUCGACACGGAAGUUGACGCUGCCAACGGACAUUCUUGAUGCAUUCUCCGGAAUGCUCUCAGCAUUCAAAGAGGAGUUCAAAAGCGAGACUUUGCAUGGCCUCCCCAUUGCCGCGCUUGACCUAGCCCUUUUGCGGACUCCAUCCGAGACGCUGAAGAAAAGACCUGGGAGAAAGCCAACCGACACAUCUCCAUCCGCUGCGGCUGGAUCCAAUUCGUCAGCGCCUGCAACAACGGGGCAAACCUUCCCAACAUGGUCCUGGGCCGGCUGGAUCGGUGGUGUUGACUACCGCCUCUUGCCACUAGACAAAGAACCCCCUCCUGAGUCCCUCAUUGCAGAGAUUUACAUCCUUCGUGCGGGCAAAAUACUCUGCCUACGCGGGUACCAGCGCCCCUGUCUCGACGAGACCGCCAAAGCCUCACCCGAACUCUUGAGGGCAUACUUCGGCCGCAUGAGCAUGGAAGUGCGACAAGCAAUGCCAGAUACCAUACUGCACAUGUUUGUCCCUCACGUUAUGAACGCCGGAUUCUCCAUCUGCACAGGCAGAGCCCCGGAUUAUCUGAGUAACGCUCGGCACGUGUAUCUGCAGACAAAGCAGGCUGUCGUGCGCAUUCACGACGAGCAUGGCAAACACUGCGACAUCCUCUUCGAACAUAUCGACUACCACGCUUUGCUUGCGCAGAUCUCCUCCUCCUUUCCCACGGAAACGAAGACUCUCCGAGAUCACAUUAAGAUACUGCGCACGCUGGACGAUAAAGCCAUCGUCGCGGUCUCGCAGUCCAAAGAUGUAUAUGGAGACCGCGCCACCCUGAGCAGAGUCGAGGGCGAUAUCAAGCGAUUCGAUCCCUAUGAGUUCCCCGCGAAGGGGCCGGAUAGUGCGCUGGUGAACGUCCUGGUCUUACAGUCUGGCGACGGUGCAUUCGAAAGGGUCGCUGUGGGCCAGAUUCAUAUCAAGGCGUGGCGAGAGGCUGGGCCGAGGAGGGCGUGGGUUAAGAUAGGGUAG